CUGGAGUACAGAGCCAAAACAACAAAAUGUGUCACUGUCCCAAUACUUUUGGAGGUCACUGUAUAUGGCACAAGGAAAUCAAGAGAGGGUGGUCUAUGGAGAUAGGUGGGAUGGGUUGAGAGAAGCUGAGGGGUGGAUUUAAUCUGUAAUAGUUAUUCAUCUGUAAUAGACGGGAAAAUAAAAUAUAUAAUGUGUACCGGUCACUAUGAAUCCAAAUGUCCAAAAAAUCCAAAUGUGUAUAUGAAAUCCAAAUAUAUUAUGUACAGAUGUAUUUGUAACAAAGUUACUUUUGUCCUCCGAAGAGAGGGGGGUGCUCUAAUCUGAUUUAAGCUACUUCAAAAGUCUCCUUGUCAGCUAACUGCUCACAUUCAUCCACUCCACUCUAAUAUAAUUCCAGCAUCCAAACUGCGCAACGGCCAUUCAAUUAAUGGAAAAAGAGACAUCUGUUACAAAACACAAAAGUUUCAAUACUGAGUAAGGAGGGAUGUCGAGAUUGACAUACUCUUCUUGAUUGUGUUGUUGAUAAGCACUUGAAGUCUGUAAUCGUUGUGCGGUUAUGCAUUGCUUAUUGGUUCUGUGUGGUGCAUUGGCACAGAAACCUGUUGAUGGAAAAUAUGUUGUAUAUAUUUUAAAUGAUUAUAAAUAAAGCAUCAAAAUGUAGAACCUGAUUUUCCCCCUAGCUGAUCAUUGUCUGCAGACGGAUCUGAUCGUGGUAUAAUGAUACAGGCGUGGAGAGUGAUGUGGUGGUCGGCAAACCCUUAACCUCCAGGCCCGUUAGCUGAAGUGGUAAAGUCGAAAUCCACGUUUAUAAACACAGGGUUGCUACAGUUAUUGUUAGUUAUGGUGGUAAUAAUUAUUUUUGAGUUAAUUUUAUGAGGGGGCGGGGUGUGUAAAAACACUUUACAGUACAAGGGGAGGGUCAUGUGAAAAUAUUUUUUAUGUUUGGGAGGGUGGUGCAUUUUUCUUUUGGACACCUUGAAUUGGACCAGCACACCCCCAGUACAUUUCUAACUGCCCCUAAUGUAUAACAAGCCAGUACAGUAGUGCUAUUCUAGAACACCGUAGUGGCUCUCGUUUAGUAUACAUAGCCUUAGAGCUGCUCUCACUAUUGAUUCAUGUAGGCAGAUGUCAACACUGUCUAUUUAUGUUUCAUGCAUAAUGUUAUCCGAAUACGUGCUCUCUUUUUCGGUCACACACUCUAUCUCUCUGCAGUGUUUCCCCUAGGAUUUUUUCCAGCAGCAGUGGCAAAGUUAGUGUGGGGGUAGUGGGCGUGGCCAAUGGGGCAGUUCUAAAGGCCAUAGAGACAUUUUAGUUUUAAAGCUAAUUUCCUGCAAUUCUACACAUUUUGUCAUGGCGCUGAGAGAAAAAUUGCAGUUUCAUGAGUAAUUUCCUGCAGCUCUACACAUUUUGCCAUGGGGCUGAUAGAAUUUGUAGUUUUAAAGCUGGUUUCCUGCAAUUCUAUACAUUUUGCUAUUCUUAUGCUAUCUGAUUGACUCGAACAUUAUAACAAAGUCAAUGGAGGCCCCAUGCCAUGCCAUUUUUUACAUUUCAAAUUCUCCUUGUCAAGUUUUUAUUUUGGUGAUUGUUAGUUCUCAAAUAUGAUCUUAUUUAAAAAAUAUAUUGCUCCAUGGUAUGUUCUACAUCUGGUUUUAGUCGUUUAAGUUUAUACUGAAAACAUUUUACCAUCCCGAAAAAAUUAUCCAUGAAGCCAUGAGUCAUAUGCAUGAAAUGUGACUCAUGGCUUUGUACAAUGCAGUGCGGAGGUGUGUGGAGACCUGAAUUUGAAAUGCCAUCCGUAUGGGUGUGUGCAUGGUGCACUGUGUGUGUCCAGAGCUGAGUGUGGGGGUGGGAGUUAGCUGGUUUAAUACGGAACUAAGUGGGGGAAGUCAUGUGGAAAACUGAACUUGAAAUGACAUCUGCAUGUUGGUACUCUACUUCUGUAUUAGAUGCUGCCUAAAGUCUUGAGUGUAUUUGUUUGUGCAAUGCUUAUGCCUACUGACCUUUUCCCUAUAUUUCCUUCCCUCUCUUUCUGAUGCAGAGGCCAGACACUCUGAGGUAUGUUGUCUGUCUGCAUUUGUCUAAAAUGAAAAGGGGAGGGAGCAGCACAAAUACCGCACAGCCAGAAGCCAUGCAGGGGGAGCCCUCCCCUCAUCCCUGAGUGCUGAAAUGUCCAGACUGGAGCCUGAAUGUGUCAUCAGAUAGUGUCAGACUGCAUCCAGCAGGGGGGAUGAUAAGAGUUUAUAGAAAGUAGCCUUUCAGACACCCUGUGGAAGAUUUUCCUCUAAAAUACUAUUUUGAAUCAGUCAGACAGAUUUGGUCAUUGACCUUCUCAACAGUAGUUUCUCCAGACCAGACCGCCAGGGGUUUUAGCGAGGAGCCAGUAUGGAGUGGUCACUAGAAAGGGUGAGGGAGAUGGUGGCUGGAGGGAUGCAGUCUAUGAGGGACUGUGAGUCCAGUGCCUUUGGCACAGCCAUGUGCCUACUGCUGCUCUUUGUGUGGUACUGUUACAGGGUAGGUCGUGAGCACAGCUCCUCUCCCCUGCGUGGGGGGUACAGCAAUGAGCCCAGUCGAGUAGGAGGGGGUGGGGGGGCCUUGAUCAGCACAGAUGGGGAUGGUAGGGCUAAAGGCAGGCCGGUGUCAGGGGUGGAGGAGCAGAACGGCUUUGCUUACUGCCAGUCCACUGAGUGUUUUCGCUGCACCAACACAGGGGAGGGUCUUAAUCAGAGGCUGUACCACAGCUUGCAGGAUUACGCCAAACGCUACACCUGGUCAGGCAUGGGCAGGGUACACAAAGGGGUACGAGACCAGGGCCGCUACCUCACCAGCCGGCCCACCAUCCAGAGGCCAGAGGUGUUCUUCCUUCCUGACCUGCCCUCAGCACCCUUCUUCUCCCGGGAUGCACAGAAACACGACGUGGAGCUGCUGGAGAGGAGCUUCCCUGCUCUGCUGGCUGAGUUUGAGAACAUCUACCACGCCCCCCCAGCGCGGGCUGGCUCCUCCCUGCCUCCGGGCUGGAAGGCCAACAGCACCCCCCAUGGCCAGUGGUGGACCUUCUACCUGGUGAACCAGGGAACUCCGCUGGCCCUGAAUGCCAGGAGGUGCCCCCGGGCCUGGAGGGUGCUGGGCCAGCUGCGCACCUUCAUUGCCAACAACGUGUUUGGAAAUGCCUGCUUCUCUGUGCUGACCCCCGGAGCCCUGAUCACUGAGCAUUAUGGCCCAACCAACGUCAGGCUGCGCUGCCACCUGGGUCUUAGAGUGCCCUCUUCCUGUGAGCUGGUAGUUGGAGGGGAGCCGCAGUGCUGGUCUGAGGGGAGCUGUCUGCUGUUUGAUGACUCCUUCCUCCACAGGGCCUUCCAUGAGGGCAGCCCAGAGGACGGCCCCAGGGUGGUCUUCAUGGUGGACCUCUGGCACCCUAAUGUGGCAGCUGCUGAGAGGCAGGCUCUGGACUACAUCUUCACCCCUGGACGCUGAGCAGACGGUGGGGUGGGGGGGAGAGGAAGAGAGACAGAGCUAAAGAGAGAAACACAUAGAGGUAAAGAGAGACAGAGAAUGUGUCAGAAUUGAAGAGAGAGUUGGUGAGAAAAGUAGAGAAGAACAGUGUGAGUGAGGUGAGACAUCUUCUUUGUCUCUUGUUCCGUUCCCACACUCACUGUGUACAUAUUCUCUGUCUUGUUCGAAUUGGCUCUCUCCCUGUAACUCUCCCUUAGCACCUACUGACUUUGACCAAACAGACGUAAUGUAAAAUGUUACAUUUGAAUGUUUACAGCCCCAAUCCUUAUAUCUGUGAUUAUUCCUGCCCAUGUGUGAUAGUUUACUGUGCUCUCCUUUAGAAAUCAAUACAGCUUUCACAAAAACAGUUGGAUAAGCACAUGGAAAAUGUUUUUUUUUAGAGAUCAAAUGAUUUGCUAGAGACUGCCUGUGUUGCUACACAGGAGAAAUGGUUGUAUUUGCAGUAGUGGGGAAAUCACUGAGGAAGCCAGAAAAAAAGCCAUAUUACAACCUAUGUUUUGUGAUAACUGCGUUGUUUGCUCUAUAACCUGUUAAUUCAUAUGCCUUGCGACUGUGAUAUAUAGGUCUAAAGACCGAGACAAUAAGAAGACAG